AUGAAGAAGAAAUACGGUAAGCAGAGGCCCAUUAGGAGUACUAGUAAUGGGCUUUCCUUCCCUUUGAGUGUGGAUUGGAUGAGUGGGGAACCCAUUUGUUCUUUUGCACACGUCGAACCCCGCGUUCCUCCCUCUAUCACAAUUUAUGACUCUGUAGACUCAUAG